AUGUUCGCCUCGUUCACCGAGAUUGGACCGGAGAAUCUCAUCACAAUGGACUAUGUUAAUGGUGCAAUUUCGUAUUUAGUUGUGUGCUUCGGUGGAAUAGGAAUCGGACUUUUGGUCGCUCUUUGUGCUAGUUUUAUAACGAAGUAUACGCAUCACGCAGAGGUGACCGUUCUCAAUCCGGUAUUUGUGAUUGUUCUACCCUUCCUUGCCUACUUAGUUUCAGAGAUGUUCGGCCUGUCCAGCAUUAUGGCCAUCGUAUUUUGUGGUGCAGCCAUGAAGCAGUACGUGAAGGUGAAUGUUCCCGAACAAGCGCUUCUCUCGAUCAACUAUUUUAUCAAGGUGCUUUCAAUGUGCUCCGAGACAGUGAUCUUCGUAUUCCUUGGUCUUUCAACGGUUUCAUCUGACCACCAUUGGGACACACCAUUCAUCGUACUAACUACCGUCUUCUGCCUUAUUUACCGAACUCUUGGAGUCGUUGUCAUGUGUUUCGUGCUCAACAAAUAUCGUCUAAAUAAGUUUUCAAAGGUAGAUCAAUUCAUAAUGGCUUAUGGUGGUCUUCGUGGUGCAAUUGCUUACGGUCUUGUGGUGGCGCUGCCAAAUAUACCGGCCAAGAACAUGUUCAUCACCAGUUGUAUUGUUGUCAUCUACUUCACGGUUUUCCUGCAGGGAAUCACUCUGAAGCCAAUUGCAGAGUUCCUACAGGUUGAGAAAAAGAAUAUCCACAAGAAGAAUAUGACCGAACAUAUAUAUCAAGAGGUUUGCUCCACACAUGCUUCAGAAUAA